AUGCCGGCUGCCGCUCGUUAUCUGCCAGCCCUCCUCCUUCUCCCCAUUAGCCUCGCCUCCAAAGAUGUCUUAAGCAACAAGGAGACACAAACAACACCGGCCUUCCAGCAUGCCCAUCGCCAGGUUGAGAGUGAGGAGCCUCAUGAGCUUGAGCCAAACCAACUUGGUGUCCCCGGCUUGACAGUCGGUCCCAACAUCCUGUCUUCACUGCUCAAUCCUCCAGCCCAAACUACCCUUUCGGUUACAACAAUUACUGGUAGUGUCGCACCCGCAUUCGAGUCGAACUCUGCGGUCAUCGGGGGUCUCAUCUCAUUACUCAACACGAUCUUGGGCUCGCUUAUCACCAGUCUUCCCAACGUCGGUACAGCAGUUGUCAACCCCAACGGCGCGCUUCCUACUGAUGUCGCUUCUCUCGUACCACUCAUCUCAGCCUUGGAGAGCGUUCUUCAGCCUGGAGGACAUCAGAACACCACAACGCCAACUGCCGUUUCUAAGCCCAGCGCUGUCACUUCCGUCUUCAUUGCCUGUCUCAACCAACGUGAUCCCAACACCGGGGGUGGUUUCAGUCCUGAGUGCCAUUUUGCCAACCGCGCCAGUUCCGACAUCUGA